AUGAACAGGAUACAAGUCAAGUCACCUCACCAUGAUGCUCCACCUUCACCUCCGCAUCCCCAUCCCCAUCCGGGUCUACCAAAACAUCUAAACCCAUCAAAAGGCCCGCAUCGCCAAUUCGGUAUCUCCUACUCACCAUAUAAUGCCGACAGAGCCUGCAAGACCCAAGAACAAGUAAACAAAGAUCUAGACGCCCUACCCGAAUACAAAUUUAUCCGCAUCUACGGCACAGACUGCGACCAAACGAAGCUCGUAGCAACAGCAGCCCGUCAGCAUAACAUGCAAGUCUUCGGCGGAAUCUACGACCUAACAGGAUUCCCAGACAGCCUCAACGUCUUCAAAGAAGCCGCGACAGAUGAGCACGGAAAGACCGACUGGUCAGUCUUCCAUACUAUCGCCGUCGGCAACGAGCUCGUCAACGGCGGCCGCAGCUCCCCAGGCGAAGUGACUGGGGCUGUUGUGAAGGCUCGUUCGUAUCUCCGAGCACAGGGUUACCAAGGUCCCGUCGUGACUGUCGAUACCUUCUCUGUUCUACUAAAACAUCCGGAACUAUGCCAUGUUUCAGAUUACUGUGCUGCAAAUUGUCAUGCUUUUUUCGAUGCGACGCAGCAACCGCAUAAUGCUGGUCCUUACGCACUUGAGCAAAUGCAUAGUGUAUCCGCUGCUGCUGGGGGGAAACAUACUGUUAUUACUGAGUCUGGAUGGCCUCAUGCUGGGGGAUCGAAUGGUGCGGCUGUUCCUUCUCCGGAAAACCAGCGUGUUGCUAUUGAGAGUUUGCGGCGCAGCUUUGGGCACCAAGGAGAUGAUUUGGUGCUUUUUACGGCCUUUGAUGAUUUGUGGAAAGAUGAUAAUCGGUACACGUUUAACGCAGAGCGGUUUUGGGGAAUUCAUAAAUAG